AUGUUGGGACAUUACCACACAGCUCCAUCAAGUUCCAUGGCUUUAGAGACAACUCUUCCAGUACUCCUUGAUGAAGAUGAGCAUAUUCAACUUCGUAUCGCAUCUUUGCACGCAAUCUUAUCUUCUGGUAUAAGAGAAAGUGAUUUUCUCUUCAUCCACAACUUUAUAUCAACAAGUAAUAGUAAAGAGUUGCAAAGGUUUUGGUACACAACUGUUAAGAAUUUGGAAAGCAACAAAUUUUUCAGCAGAUACAGGACUGUAGCGGACUUUAUACCUUUCGUUGCUAAGGACGUAAGAAAUCCCGAUACCACGUAUUGGGCCACUAACAAUUACAUUGUAUCUAAUGGAGAAUUGGGGCCGUGGGUACAAAUAUUGAGUGUAGGGGCAGAACCAGCUCCAAGCUUGAUAGAGCUAUCUAUUGCUAGUGGUGGAAGACGACCUUAUCAGGCUUCGGUUUACAUCAUAGCUGAAGGAGUAUCGUCUAAUUUGUUUAAGAAAAUGCAUAAGCUUAAUAGAAAAAAUGUAAAUGUUGAAAGACUCAUUGAAGUUUUAGAAAAAUUAAAAGUAUCCAGUUUAAAAUCCCCUGAAAAAGUACACAUAGAUAUUGUGAUCAAAAUUCAUGACAAAUCGGUGUUCGCGAGUCAUGUCAAUCAAUCAACAUUUGACAGCUGGAACGGACGCGAUGUGACGAAGUCUAUCAUGGAGUUUCUUCGUUUUGGGAGUCACAUCAACCAGCAGAUGGCGUAUUAUCCAGUGCAGAUGGAUGUGCACUUGCCCACUGAAUUGGGUACACCAAUUCGUCUUCAAUCGACAAUAGUAACAUUUACAUCGGUCAGAGGCAAUCUGACCGCUCCACCAGAUAUAAUGCAUGCAUUGGAUUGGGAAAAUGACUUGCAUAUACGUUACCAAGGCACGUUAGUCAUGUCUCUAUCAACAGCUGCACCUCUACUGCAGUCCCAGCACACUGUUCGCCUACAACGCUCCCUUGUGGCACACCUGCCAAUAAAAUUUAAUGUCACGAUGGAACCUAAUGUUAAAUCUGUGGCAUUAACCUGGCUAAACCCGUUCGCUCAACACGCUGGCUUAGCGAUACACUCUCGCGUGCAAAUUGAAACGUAUUCGCGUGAACGCACCGAUGUUUAUACUGUAGCGACAGGAGCAGCUGAUGUGGACGACAAUGGCAUCUUCUUCGACUGUGACCGAAAGACGUCAGGGGCUGAAGUCAUAGAAAAGUAUAUUAUGUCUAAAGUCGUCAGCUACGAUGUUCUACCUACACAGUCAAUUUUAAAUUCACUCCAUCGUUUCACGUCUUCCCCUGGUUGUGGCGUCAUUAUACCCCCAUCAAGACCCCAACAAAUUGAAGGGGGAGACGAAGUGAUUCGAUUGAGUGUAAGUUUAGGAGAUAUCGUGGCUAUUGAAACAGUUGAUAGAGUUGAUAUUAAUUUUGACUUCUCUCUAAGUUAUUAUGGUAUAGGCGAUAAAAAUCAUGACACGUAUUUGAAUGUGGACUCAAAUAGCAAAAUUAAGUGCGCCGGCAGAAAUGUCUCUGUUGAAUGGUUUUUGUACGUGAAACAACCGAAUGCUUUUGAUGAUAACAAAAAGUAUUGGAAGCUCUGCUAUUUCGAACAAGAUAUAAGCCAUGCUCCAGCUGACCAAGAUUUGACCACCCAUCCAGCAUCGUACCACGGUCACACCACCUUAACCUACCAUUCUUCUCAUGACUAUCAAAGCUGUAAAAACAAUGAUAAUAUUAGCAAAAUAACCAUGGAGUAUAGAGGAAUACCAAAAAAUGUGUAUGGAAACGUGGAGAGAUACGUCGAAUUUGAAAUUAAAGGAGAGAAGCUUCAUCAAUUCGACCUAUUACCAGCGUUGGGAAUUGGCGCCGGAACCCCUGUGGCCCAACUGUUGGGAAGUCUCGAUAAAGAUACUAUAAAUACAACAGCUGUUAUACAGGAAAAAGAUGGAAUAGCAUCUAUUAGUGUGAACAAAGGAGCAGAAAUACAGUUCGAAUCUGAUAGCUUCGCCUGGCUGUUGGACAGCUGGACGGCAAUGCAACUCAUGAAACGAUUUGGAGUAUACCGUGAAUGUCGUCUCCAAGAAUCUACUGUUCAAACUCUAUCAGGAAAUGUGGAGCCGUUGAGUCCUGUACAAUGCCCUGAGAGUCUGGUGCUUGCGGAUUGUUCUGAAACACCCAGCUUCGUAAUAACACGUCAACAAGAUGGCGGCAUCAAAAUGUAUGAUGGCGAUCACAACUUGUACAAUACUACUAGCGACAUUAUGAAAAAUUCACCCAUAUUGCCGAUAGCAGCGGGCUUGAAAGUCCAGUCAGAUGCUACGGGAGUUAUAAUAUAUAAGAGGUUUAACGAAACUGUCAUACUUAUACCGUCUUCGUACAUGUCGUCUGUGUGUGGUGAAUGCGCUGGAGAUGUUAUUUAUAAUAGCUGU